AUGUCGAGUAUUUUCACAAAGUUUAAGAUCCCAAGGAUCUCCAGAUCGAAUCUUGAUAUCUUUAGAUUCACAUUCUAUUUGAUGACCCCAAUAGCAGUGAUGUACUAUGUUGGUACCGAAACUGAUAAGAAAUUUAAUGUUCCAGGGUUCUGGCCAGAUCCAGAAACUUUGAAUAAGAUACCCAAGGAACCUCACGAGAUCAAGGCCGAACUUGCAAGAAUGAGAGCCGCCAGAGCUGAAAAGCGCCGGAGAUUGGAAGAAAGGGCCAAAGAGUUGGGAAUAGAUAUUGAUGAGGAAUAG